AUGUCGGCGUUAAACUUAAUAACAGAGGGGAAAGUUGCACUUUCCUAUUUCAUUGCCUGCAUUCUCCUAGUUUUAACCCUGUUUCAAAGCUGUAUUCUCACAGAAGUAUGGAGUAUCGCCUCGAGAGGCAUGAUUCUUGGAUUUACUUUGUUUGCGACUUGUUUCGUUCCAUAUUCUUCUGUUGCCAAGAGAGCUGCGCUGUUAGGUAUCAUUUUUGGAAUUGCCAUUCUCCUCAGCCUGGGGGAAUCACCCUGGAAAUAUUUUGGUUGGUACCUAGCUGCAUUAUCAUUCUUUCACCUCUCUGAAUAUAUCAUGGUGGCACGUUAUUCUCCAGCCAAGCUAUCUGUGGAUUCAUUUUUGCUCAAUCACAGUCCAGAGUAUCAAAUUGCUGCUGUUGCUAGCUGGAUUGAGUUUGGUAUAGAACUGUGGCUUUUCCCUUGGAUGAAGAACAUUUUCAUUGCAAGCUUAAUUGGUUUCCUGUGUAUGAUUGGGGGAGAACCUUUACGAAAGCUUGCUAUGAUAACAGCUGAAUCUAAUUUUACCCACAUUGUUCAGACUAGAAAGGAGAAAAGCCAUGUGUUAGUGACCCAUGGAAUUUAUAGCCUUUGUCGACAUCCAGGAUAUGCUGGCUGGUUCUGGUGGAGUUUAGGAACACAACUCACACUAUGUAACCCCAUUUGUCUCAUGGGCUAUAUCUGGGCCUCAUGGAGAUUCUUCAGUGAACGUGUCUAUGAUGAGGAAAUCACAUUAAUUUAUUUUUUUGGUGAAGAGUACGUAGCCUAUCAGAAGAAGGUCACAUCUAGAGGAGUGCCAUUUGUUAAAGGAUUUGAUUACAAUCCAGACAUGGUAAAUAACUCAUAGUUGAUGGAAGCCACCAGAAGUUACAAGAAACUAAGAAGGACAUAAAAGCUUUUUAAAAGGAGAAGUGAGUAUCAGAGACUUGGUAUUUAUACUUUUCCAAUAUGAAAUAUACCUGAACAUUAUUUUGUGCUUUUUGCACAUAAACCCUCUGCCAAAGAUUGCCAAUGGUUUUUGUCAGCUACCAGCUGUUUGAGCUUCCCUCUUGUCUAGCCUAUGUGUCCCUCAUUUCACUUUCUACAGUUCUCCUGAUCCAAGUGUCCUUGGGGCAGCCUCUCUUUCAUUGGCUGUCUAGUGUCCAUCUAGCCUGUGUCCCUCAUUUCCCUUUCCACAGUCCUCCUCAAAGUUUCCUCAGGGUGGCCCCUCUUUUUUUUUGGUCAUCCAGAGUCUAUUGCAGGGAAACUUUGGGAGCAAAAUAACUGCCAAUCCAUCUCCCCCUUCGUCUCUGGGAAUCCUAGUUGAUAUGAUCUAAACCUUCUUUUUUGCUGUGCAGCUCAUUGUUGUGGUGUUGGUGUUAGGCCAAAAGCUGCAAAGAAUUCUUUAAAGCCAUUUUUUUGUUCUGAAACCCAAGUGAAUCUGCCAUACUGAAUCAUUUUAAUGCAAACUUGGAAAGGUUAGGUUACUCUUUGGAAUCUCAAGAAAAGCCAUCUUCAUAUUUUCAUGUGUACUUUUCAGUGGUGGAGAUGCAAAUUAUUUUUAUUGGCCAGGGACAAGAAGCAUAUCUCUUCUUUCAUUGGGUAAUGCAGAUGGUGAACACAAAUUCUGUGCCAAAUUUGUAUGAUUUUAUUUUUUUAGGUUGUUAGUCUCAAAUCCACAAUUUUUAAUUGAUAAAUGAUUAAUUUUAUUGAUCAUUAUUUUAUGAUUAAUAUAUUUAUUUAAUUAAUAUCAUCCAGUUGCAUCUUAGAAAACCUUGAAAAAUUGUAAGUUGAGUUUGAGGGAUCAAUAUUAUUGUGUAUUGAUUAUUCACCAUGAAUAUCAGUAUCUAUAGAAGAACAAAUGUCAAAACUACAAAAAAUUGUUUUGACUGUUUGAGAAUUAUUUUUCUUGGGCCUAACUUGCUUUUUCCUCAAAACCAUGGUUACAACACAGUGACAUUGUGUAAAAAUUUCCAGUGGUCACAGGUAGCUAGGCUCCACACUAAUAAUAUUUAAAAAGGAAGAGCUACUCAGUGGAUCUGUUAAUAAACCAUUAUUAUUGUUAUUAUUAUUAUUAUUAUUAUUAUUAUUAUUAUUAUUAUUAUAUUAAGUACUCAUUUAACUUUCUUUCUGAGAAAGCUCUAUGUUGGCAUCAGCCCUCGUGUCUUAUUUAUUGGAUUGGAAUACACAAUUUCUUUUAAUGUAAAUGUUAAUUGCAUCUUGAUGUCGAUGUCUUUUGCUCUGGAUGUAUUUUGAGAUCCCCCAUUGCUGAUUUACAUUCAAAAUCCGUCAGUUAUAUGCAAGUGCAAGAAGAGAGCCAAAAAAAAUAAAUAAAAGCAACAAAAAAAAAAAAAACAAAAGCUAGAAAAAGCGAAAAACAAAAGGCAAUCAUUUUGAAAAACAGGUACAAAUGAGACAAUUUUUGCUUCCAUACUCAACACUUUAUUUUUGUAAGUUAAUUUAUUGUUCAUGAAUACAUAAAGUGGCAGAUAUUUUGUAAUCAGUGUAAUACAGAUAAGUAGUCAAACAAAUAAAUCUUCUAAAACUGUCAUGCUAAACGGUUUAAUUAUUUUUAUUGUUAUUAUUGUUUUUACUAUGGUUAAAAUUCCUUUUCACCGUAGAUUUCGUUUUUGUUCUUUACUAUAUAUUAUAUAUUUUCACAAUGUUUUCCAACAGGUAAAUCAUGAUAGACUACUAAAUUAUUUUACAAAUAAAUCGUUGUCAAAACAUAAAAAAAAAACCAAAAAAUUAGAUAUAAAUAGCAGACUAAAACAAACUUUGUCUGAAGAGACCGGACAUCAUUAUUUUAUUGCCGAGGGGGUUGAAGGAGAUUUAGUGGAUCACAGAGUUUUUCAGGGAAGCAGUAGGAGAGGAAGUCUUCUUUAACAGAGUUCGAAGGGGGCAUCAAGAAAAAAUAAACAGUUAUUGUGUUCGGUUUUUGUGAUAGCCGGAAUAAUCAAGG